AUGUGUGCAGCAGUGAUGGAAGGGAAGCGCGUAUAUUUAGAGAAGGUGACGGCCAGAGUUGACAGAUCAGGCUCCUGGCAUCUUCUCCGCUUCAUUUCGUCGGGUCCAAACACAGCAAGCAUCAUGGAAGCUGCCAUCAACACCAUUGUCUCCCAGUUUAAGGUGUUCGCUGGGCACGAUGCGUCCUCCAACACGCUGAGCAAAGACGAGUUCCACAAGCUGGUGACCUCUCAGCUCCCCAACUUCGUCAAGAACGCCAGCGAUCCCGGAGCCAUCGACCAGCUCAUGAGCUCGAUAGACGAAAACAACGACGGGGAGCUGACUUUCUUCGAGUUCUGGCAGCUGAUUGGGAAACUGGCGAGCAAACAGGGGGGCUUCAGCCAGUAGUCGACUCUGUCGGUUGUGCAACACCAGUCGAAUCGGUUUGUUCAGGCUGCUCAGCUGUAAACCAAAGAGCAUACGAUUUCUUCCAUCAGUGCCACAUGUGUACAUUCUUAGUUAACCAUUUGUUGAAUGAGGGGAACUUUGAAUUAAAAGGCUUCACUGUGUUGAACCUUCAAC